GAUCUAGCCGCUGUACGUCUGUGAGGUCAACUCUCUCUCAGUCAAACUACACUCAAACAGCGGACAGAGGAAAAUUGUUCCGAGUGCCUGUUUAGACCACCCAGUAUCCCAGGAUGGACUCUGGGAUUUUGAACAUAGAGGAGAUCGUGUUGGGACGGGGACUGCCAGAUCCACCUCCAGAAGCUCCCCCUGAAAAGCCUGCCGAACCAUACAAACCCAUCACUUUGAAUGGACCUCCUGCACCCGCUGUUCAAUCCUACCAGCAUGAAAACCUGCAGUGUUUCCAGUGCUUCAUCACAUUCUGCAGUGCCAAAGCCAAGGAACGGCACAUGAAGAAGAGCCACCGGGAAGAGUAUAAACAACAGCUUCAGCAGGGAAACACAUUGUUCACGUGCUAUGUGUGCGACCGCACAUUUCUGUCAUCUGAGGAACUGACGCAGCAUCAGCCAACACACAGCAAGGAUGACAAGCCCUUCAAAUGUGUCCACUGCAAGGAGAGCUUUAAAACAUUCUCUGAACUCACGGCACAUAGAAGACAGGUGUGUCCAGAGAGACAGUUGGUGUGUAAAGAUUGCAAUGAAACCUUCAGGAGUGCAGGGCUACUGCGUACUCAUCGUCUCACCCAGCAUACUCGCCCAGAGGUAGACACUGCAGAGCAGCCGGAGGAGGCCACCAAAACCCAUCGCUGUAAGAAGUGCAGUCAGGGCUUUGACACAGAAGCAGAGCUGGUGGCACACCAGGAGAAGUACCCUGAAGGUCAGCAAUGCAACGGCAGUGCUUCGCCUGUCAAGAAACGUGGACGGCCUGCCAAAACUGAAGAGCCAGCAAGUGCUGAGAAAAAGGGAAAGAGGAAAAAGAAGGAUGAGGCAGAAGCACCUGAGGAGGCAGUGAAUGCCAGCAGCGUGUCCGAGGCAGCAGAAACCCCAGCAGAGGAAAAAGGAAAAGCAGGUGGAGUGAAGCGUGGCCGUAUUUCUAAAGCAGUAGCAGCAAAGUCUGAAACAGAAGACAAGAAGAGCCCUGAAGGUGACAGUGAAGGUUCAGGAAAGGAGAAAAAAGCUAAAGUAGAGUCCGUGACGUCCCGGCAGCACCCCUGUCCUGAAUGUGACGUCUCAUUCCCCGGCUUGGUUCAGCUUCGUGCUCACAAGAAAGAGAAGCACACCCCGCGGAAAGCCCACCCCUGCGAAGAAUGUGAAGAGAGUUUUGCCCGUCCUGAGCAGCUAGACGCCCACAUGUCCCGGGCUCAUGCUGUCGGCCGUUUCUCCUGCCCAACCUGCGGGAAGAGCUUUGGCCGAGAGCGUACCUUGAAAGCUCACCAGAAAAGCCACCCAGACGAAAAUCCUGAAAACCCAAGUUCGAAGAGAUAAUUGAGGCACGGGGACCUGACAGAAGUGUAUGUUUUUUUUUUUGAAGAUUUUAGUCAGGAAUUGUCCUUUUUUUCUUUUAACAUUGGAUAUCUGAUUUUCCAGAUGAUGGUUUCAGAUGACUUUGGUAUGGUUUUGAAAAUGACAUUUUAGAAAGUUUUGGAUUUAAAGUUGUGACCUUUAACAUGACAUAAUUGUUGAGUUUGAUUAUGAAUUAUUGAAAUUUUGGGCAAAUGGACACAUCUCCUAAAUUGACUAACCAAAUGUUGUUAAACCCAGCUAUUACACCCUUUGUCAUAAAACAUAGUUUAUUUGUAAAAAUGUUCAACAGUUUUGAUUAACAUUUUAAAUGAUUUAUUUCAGUUUUUUAAGCAUGAAAUGCGUGUGGUGUGAUUUUAUUACUUGGUGUCUUGAGUUGUUAAACUCAGUUUGUGGUGAAAAAACGUUUGUUUUCUUUUUCUCCUUGUUUUUCCUAAACAGAUUGGAUGAGUACAUAUUUUGAAGCUAAUUAGAUGCCUAGUAGAGAUACCAUGUUUGAAUGUUUAGACAGUUUGUCAAAAGAAAUGUGUAAUGUACAGCUUCUGGUUCAUAUCGUGUAUUUUUUACACUUAAUAUUUUGAUUAUGUUCCUUUCUAAAUUAAGUCUCAUUGAGGAAGAAUUUUAAAAUAACACGAUUAUGUUCUGCUUUAGACUUGUGGGGCUAAAUGCUCCAGAUUCAUUGAGGAGUAUUUGGCAUGUGGGUAGGAAUGAUCCACUAUAAUCCUGAUUUCUCUUAUGGUAAAAAUGUACUCCUUUUUAUUUUUUCACUUACUAGAAUGAAUCAUCUUUAGAUAUUUCUUGAAGGGAACUCACAGAUCUUAAAUGCCUUUGAGUCCUUAUAAGGAAGUGUGUAUAUCAAAUGUCAUUCACUAAUUGGAUUGUUUCUCUCCCCACUGCAAUGUGUAUGGACAGUGCAAACAUGUAAUAAAACAUGCUAUCCCAAGGGAGGCUUCUG